GCGCGUGCGUAAGCAAAAACUUUUUUCCACCUUGCUAGCGUUAGCAUGAGCAUUAGCUCCGUCAGUGGUCAGCACUGAGGCGGUCAGUCCUCUUCCACUGCGGACCUUUUUCUGGGUUUUUUUUUUGGAUAUUUCUGACCUUUCCUGCUGUGAUGCUGUCCGCUCGGUACAGGAAGUGUGGUGAUUUUACCUGUAUGUCGUGUCCGGCUCUGUAAGACCACUUGGCAAGCAGGAUGUCUCAUCAGACGGAUGCACUGAUGGGUCUUGGCUCGCUUGGGAUUGUGGGUAACGACCCUGAUUACAUUACACAGCUCGUUAGCGAUGUGCGCAGGUUUGCUGAGGUUCUGCUGAGCCUGAAGGAGGCUUUCAAACCUACAGGUGAGAGGAGAGGAGACGUAGUGGAGGAGUGUGUGUCUGAGGUUGUGAAGGAGAGACUGGCUGAGCUGCUGCGUGUGUUGAGGUGUGUGAUCAGUAAACACCAGGCGUUGAACUCAGAGGAGAUCCUCAGUGCUGCUGGAGCACUCAUCACCAAGGUCAAAGGACUGAACUUAAAGGAAGUGAACAAAGAAACCCAGAACGGCGUUUUUCGUGAGAUAUACUCAUCCAUCGACACGUUGGCAUUCACGUUUGGAAAUGUAGUGUCAGAUUUCCUUAUGGGAGAUGUGGAGAGCGGCUCCGGAGUGGAGCUCUCCCAGAGCAGGAGGAGCCGAUCGUUUGAGAACCUUUGUGGAGAUUCAGGAGAACACAGAGAGCUGGCAGACUCUGAGCUGUCCCCUGUACAGAAAGUGGACCAGACCCUGCAGCAGAAUGACAGUGGAGUUGAGUCAGCUCUGCUCUAUGCCAAGGCUUGGUCCAAAUAUGCCAAAGACAUCUUGAGCUGGGUGGAGAAGCGCCUUGGCCUGGAUAUGGAGUGUGCUAAAGGAUUUGCUAAGAUGGCUGAGUCAGCUAAAGCUGUAGCAGCUCAGCAGGACUAUAUGCCCUUCAGAGGAGUUUAUGUGUCUACCUUUGAGAACGAGCUGGAUUAUAGUCACAGUCUUCUCCAGACAGCCACUUCUCUCCAAACCAACAAGUUCAUCCAGCCACUGGUGUUACGGAAAAAUGAGCUGGAUAAACUCAGGAAAGAGUUAAAGGAGCAGUGGCAGAGGGAGCAGAAGAAAAUGAGUGAAGCUGAGGGUGCAGUGUGUAAAGCUCGACUCCUUCAGACGCAGCGCAGGGAGGAGUACGAGAAGGCUCGAGGUUCUCAAGGCCGAACGGGAGAUGAGCAAACACACACAGGAGGGAGAACGCAGGAGAGGAAGAGGAAGAUGGAGGAAGAGGCACUGCAGAAGGCUGAAGAGGCUCAAGAACACUAUAGAGUGUGUGUCACUGAUGCUGAAGCCAAAAAAGUCCAUCUGACCAAAACAAAGAGUGAAAUCCUUUCUCAGCUCCGGGAGCACAUCUUCCAGUGUGACCUCACCCUCAAAGCUGUGACAGUGAACUGGUUCCAGUUGCUGUACAAUCAGCUGGUCUCGGUUCCAGUGCAGUACCAGGCUCUGUGUGAUCAGGUGAAGCAGUAUGAACCUGGACAGUGUUACUCAGAGUUUGUCCACAGUUUACCUAAAGAGCGUGUGUGGCUGGAGGCGCUGUCUCACGAGCACGCUGGACCAUCGAGGACAGGCAUGCCCUUCCAUAAGAGAUCACUGAGCAGCACACACUCUUCUCAGGGGAACCUAUCUCAGCUCUCUGCUGAUGAAGUGAACAGUCCUGUUCAUAAACGCUUCAGUAAGAUGGACGAAGCUCCGUCCAGCAGCAGCACAGCCGACAUCCACGCUCUGAAGGGAGGGAUGUGCAGUGACUCGGAGAGUGCAGGUGGAAGCAGUGAGUCUCGGUCAGUGGAUUCUCCCACUGCUAGUCCAGGGGAUUUUAAGCGCAGACUUCCCAGAACUCCAUCCACAGGCACCAUGUCAUCUGCCGAUGAUUUGGACGAAAGAGAACCUCCUUCACCCUCAGACAACGGUCUAGGUGAGAUGGUGACAGAGAUGACGAAUUCUCCCGGUCCUUUUAGAAAUGCUCAGAUGUCCAAAGCAGCUCACACACACAAGCUAAGGAAGCUGCGAGCUCCAUCUAAGUGCAGGGAGUGUGACAGUCUGGUGGUGUUCCAUGGAGCUGAAUGUGAGGAGUGUUCUUUAGCAUGCCAUAAGAAGUGUCUGGAGACAUUAGCAAUUCAGUGUGGUCAUAAGAAACUGCAGGGAAAGCUGCACUUAUUCGGCAUCGAUUUCUCCCAGGCUGCUAAAAACAGCACAGAUGGAAUUCCCUUCAUCAUCCGGAAGUGCACCUCAGAGAUCGAGAGUCGCGCCCUAAACAUUAAGGGAAUUUAUCGUUUAAAUGGAGCCAAGUCUCGAGUGGAGAAACUCUGUCAGGCGUUUGAAAAUGGAAAAGACCUGGUGGAGCUGUCAGAUCUGUAUCCUCAUGACAUCAGCAAUGUGCUCAAACUGUACCUCAGACAGCUACCUGAGCCCUUGAUCCUGUACAGGUAUUAUAAUGAGAUUAUUGGUCUGGCUAAAGAAGCUCAGAGCAUCAUAGCAGAAGACACACACUCUCCUGGUCUCAGCAUCGAGCUUAACCGAGUCAUCCUCAAAAUACGAGACCUGCUCAGACACCUUCCUCCUGCACACUACAGAACCUUGCACUUCCUCAUUACCCAUCUGCACAGAGUGUCUGAGCAUGCAGAGGAGAAUAAAAUGGACACAAGGAAUCUGGGCAUCAUCUUUGGCCCGACGCUGAUUAAACCCCGGCAGCUGGACUCAGACGUGUCCCUCUCCUCCCUCGUAGACUACCCGUACCAGGCUUUGAUGGUGGAGCUGCUUAUACUACACCAUCUGAAGAUUUUUGACAUCCAGUUAAGCCCCGCCCCCUCCACCAAUCCUCCACUCACUCGCUGCUCACAGUCUCUCCUAGACAUCAAAGAGAGCUCUAAAUCCCAUAAGAGAUACUCGUCUGUGCUUCCCUCAUCACACCCAGCACCUGAAGUGAAGGAAGUGCACUUAUCAAGGGGACACGAGGGGAAAGAGGACACAGCUGAUGACAGUACAGAUGGUGUUAAUGGUGUUGGAUCUUCGUUAGCUGUCAGUCGCAUCAGCACCAAUGUAAACGUCCCUGUGAAGCUCCGCCCCCCACGAACCCACUAUCUCUCGCGCCCGGUGAGUUUACCAGUGGACCGCCUGCUCAACGGGCGUAAUGUUCACAACGUGGCUGAGAGAGAGAACUUGGGCGGAGCCAUCGUGGAGAGACCAGAGGCGGAGAAGGCGGAGAGCCGCCCCUACCGCGGCCCCUUUGUCCACACGCACACCCUGAGACGCACCUGGGACAAACAGUACCGCCAUUACGAUGUCACGCCUCGCACUGCCAUGAUCGUCGCCAACCUCCCACCCUCAGGGGCAGUGGGUGGAGCCAAAAUGGAAACUACCAAAACGGAUGCAGCCAAACCAGAUCGAUCCAAAACGGUCACAGCAGAAGCUCAGAGUGGCGUCUCAUCUCUCAACAGUCCGUACACCGCUACUGUGCGCUCACUUCGGACUGUGAGACGUGACAGUAGCACGAGCGAUAAGGACGUACCGAUCGCCUUCAGAGCACCACGGAUGCUCCAGCCCCCGCCUGGAACCUUCUACAGACCUCCACACGUACACGUUAGAACGCCAGACACGGAAAAAAAUGCUAAUGUUUCCCCGACAACCACCGUAACUACGCUGUCUGUCACUAUAGCUGCACCGCUAGCCACGCUAAAUGUGUGUCCGGCUUCUUCUGCACUGUCGGUCACACCAUCAACAGGAAGUGACACGUGCAAUAAAGAGGAAGUGCAGUCGGGGUCGGAAGAUGUGAAGGAGAACAACUUGCACAGAGAGACACGCUUCUUAUAAACACACACACUCUUCUCUGCUGACGUUACACACUUCACACACACUUCACAACACAAAUCUCUUCUUAAGGUUGAUUUCUCAUGGCCCUGUUCAGACAGGAUUAGUUUCCCAUGUGGAGGUGUGUGAUGUAACAGGAAAGGUCAAGGUGUAUUUUCUCCUCUCUAAACUGUGCUGUCCAGCUGAUGGGACCCCCAGCUGAUCUGAGGUGAGGGGAACCAUUCUCUUAAAUCCUCUGAGAGAAGAACAGUGUGAAGAGGAUCUGUGGAAUCACUUGCUCUGUCCAGGGAGGUUACUUUUAGGGAAGUUUCUGGGUUCCUAACUCAGGUACACACUACAGAGCCGUUAUGGUCAUGCGACCUACUGACAAUCGAGCGUGGCCACGCCCCCUGCAACAAGCACUUAUAACACACUUAUAAUCUGUAGUCAGUGUGUAUAAACACGAGGUGUGUGUUCACAAAGUGUGUUUAGUGUGUGUACAUUUACAGCGUUUCAGCAGGCACCCUGCUCAGACUCCUGCUUUAAUCACUCCCGUGGUUAGAUUUUAUUCAUUAUUUAGAAAAUAUUGAGCAGAGAGAGGAUAUGAAGCUAGUGGGUGCUGAGGAUGAAGUGUUGAGGAUGCAGAAGAUAGGGAUAGGUGAAGAGAGAUGAUUCGCUGUGGCAACCCCUGAAGGGGUGUGUAUUACACAUCUGGUGUAUGUUUCCUGCUCUCUCACACACACCAUCCACGCCUCAGUGCACACACACACACACACACACACACACACACACACUCCUCAGUGUCCUGAAAGAUUCAGUUGUGUCUAAGCCACAAACCCUGAACUCUAGAACUGCUCAAUGCACUGUGGCUGUGUCCCAAACGCCUUCAUCAUAGGGAACGGAUAAUAAAGGGAGACUCUUCCUGUGGUUGAGGAGAGUGAACAGAAACUCUGUCACAGCUUCAGUGAGUGUGUGAGACGGCGCUCCUCAGAAACCUGGAGUUUUUUAUGGAAUGGUGAUUUAAUAUAAAAUGUUUGAACUGGAAAUGUUUGUUACGUGCAGUUUGAUUGAGGUGUGUGUGUGUGUGUGUGUGUGAAAGCAUUAGUACAGGUGGAGUAAAUGUGUAAUAUUUGAUACAGAUGUAAUAGUGAUCAUGCCCUUAUUAUGCCCCGAUGGGUGCAUGUGUAAAAUAUAGGAUGAAUGUAUUUACAUAAAGCCAUAAAUCCUUUUAUUGUUCUCAUCAUGUUUGUGUUUAUUCGUGUUUUCUGUAACAUAUUCUGCUGACCACAAUACACAACAUUUUAUAUUU